GUUCCAGAUAUGGAGUAAUUAGCUAAGUAGCUGAAUUUGAAUGGUUGGGGUCGGCGCUCUCAGGGGCGCCUCAUUAUGCAGGCGCAUUGAAAGAAAGCAGUGGGGGGCAAAUGGGUGGUUAAGGGCUCGAACAAAAAGAGGGGCAGGGUCUGUGAGGAGGGCAAGAAUUCAAAUUCUAAGUGGAAAGAUGUCCCCAUUGUCAGUGGGGUAUAUAGCAAGCAGAGAGAGGAAGAGUUGGCACAACAGAAAAGCUGCCUGCUAUCCAUCAGUGAAGAUCCAAAGGGCCGGAUUUAGAAAUCGCCAUGGCCUCCUCGCGAUGCAUUUGGAUUUCUCUAUUUCUUCUAUCGGGGGUGACACGUUUCUUUGGAGUAUUUAGCCGCCCAGUAGACACGCUGGGAUUUCAUACAACUGCAGAUGAAUCCGGAACAACUUUACGCGCGGACGUGUUGAGGCGGUGGAGGCGCGGGGUGGCUGAGACGUACCGGGAACGGUGCGCGGAGCGGGCAGCCCCUUGGCUGGAAAACACACAGCCAGCUCCCGAGGAUAAUGCCACACUGUUGCAGCUCCGUGCUCUGCCCUUAACCCCUGGAGCAUCCCAUGGCCUGGUUUUCCCAGGAAAAUCCCUUUUCAGCUUUGUGCGAUCGGUGUACCACUGCUGUCAAGAAGGACGGGACUGCAGGAGCGUAAAAGGAAUUCAAGGUCGCCUGAGAGGAGGCACAAAUGUGGAGUUUUUCUUCACCAGGGAGAUGUUAUCGUUAUCGGUCAUCAGAGCCGAUCUUCACCUCCAACUAUCCAACCCACAACACCUGGACAUCCAUCCUGUGCUUCCAUCAUUGGCAAAGCGAGGCCUUAAUACAAGGUACAGUUUGUGGUCUCGGGGCAACACAGUGGACCUGAGGGUGGAUCUGCUCUUCCUCUUCCAGAGUCUUCAGGAGGCGGCAGGUGGUGCUGGAGGGGGUCCAAGCCUGGUGAACAUGCGGCGGGUGGUGUUCUCUUCCAGGGGGUAUGCACCAGGAGAAAAGCCCACUUCUGGUGCACAGCAGGACACGGCUGGUGAUGUGUGGGGGGAGGGGGCCGGCAGCACACGGCCUGCCCUGGAGCGGAGCCUCGUUCUGGGCUGCAGUCAGGCUGGGUCGGGGGUGUCCUGUGGGACGGGCGGUGUUCACCCCUCACACACACCUUUCAUGGCUCUGUACUACAGAUGAAGUGAAAAAAAACUCUAUUUUCAGACUAAGAGACAUGCAGAGUCAAAGCUCACAAGGACAUUAUGCACUUCAAUGUCAAAUAUGUUAAUUUAUUAAUGUUAUUUCUUGCUAAAUAUAUAUGUAAAUAGUGGAUAUGAUACACUGUAACUGAGUCAUACUUUGGUUAUUAAAGCUCAAUCUAACAAUG